GGAUGUACGACUAUAACUAGAUACCUUCCACUUUCCCUUCCAAGAAGAGCGAGCGAGGAUAAGCUUGAUUUAUGAGGCAAAGAAAUAUAAAAGCAGACCAUCUUAUUUCUGUAAUUAAAAUCUCCGACAUUCCAAAUAAGAUGCAUUAAAAUUAAAUUCCACCCCAUCCGUACCAACUCUGUUCGCUUCUCUAUGACUCUUUUAUCUUUUAUCACUCGUCUGUAACAGCUAACUUCAGUUUUGAUAAAAGAAAAAAAAAAAAAAUUUGAGAUGGCAGUAUCUGAUGCAGUGAUAGGGAAUUUAACGACGAUCUACGUGGCAGUUAUCGCGGGAAUUAAGGCGUACGGUCUGGUUUGUGGACGGAGUUUCAGCGGUGGAUUUGUGCUGAUUUUGUCUACUUCCGUGGUAGGUUUGAUCUUGAUCGGGUCGCUGACUUGGGACGUUUCCCGAAAAGCUACAUAUGCAAUUUCGCGAGAUCAUCAUAUUCAUGUUCAUGAGAUGUGCAAGGGUGGUAUUUGUUGGCAUGGUGUGGCUGUCCGAUCGCCGGCUUCUCAGGUCCGCUUCAGGCUCCCUCAGCAUCAUCAACCUCACUAUGGCCCUCUGUGAAUACGCAAUUUAAUAUAAACAAUGAGAAUUAUAUAUAAAAAAAUGGAUGCAUAAGAAAUAAAAGUUUCAGAAGUGUAAGAUAGAGAAGAAGAACAAUAAGAAUCUCUGGUUUUUUGGUUGAUGGUGUUUGUAGGUUUGGGCUUAAACUGCCUUGGCGUUGGUAAAAGGACGACCCGUGAGGUGUUUGCUUUUUUGUUUGAGAGGAAGAGAAAUAUAUACAAUGUAAAUAAAUAAAAUAAUGAAAAAGAGAAUGAAUUUUGUGCAUAAA